CAUGUCCAAGACCAUCCUCGUCACCGGCGGGAACAGCGGCAUCGGCGCGGCGCUCUGCAAGCUCCUCGCCACGGAGCACGGCUGCCGCGUGCUCCUCGGCGCGCGGUCGCCGGAGAAGGGCGAGAAGGCCAAGGCCGACAUCGUGGCGAAGUACCCCGACGCGAAGAUCGACGUCGUGGCCAUCGACGUCGCGUCCGACAGCUCCGUCGCCGCGGCGGCGGCAGCGGUGAAGGCCAUGGGCGUCACGUUGUACGCGUUGGUCAACAACGCGGGCCUCGGCCUCGCGCAGGCGGACGACGACGCGCACAACACGGCGGCGGUCAUGAACGUCAACUACGCGGGCCCGAAGCGCGUCACGGACGCCUUCGUCCCGUUGAUCCAACCCGACGGCGGCCGCGUCGUCAACGUCUCGUCCGGCGCCGCGUCCGCGUGGGUCAAGGGCCAGGACGCGGCCACCAAGAAGCUCUACUCGACGCCGGGCCUCACGCAGGCCCAGCUCGACGCCUCCGUGGCCAAGGAGGUCGCCGCGGGCAACGUCGGCUGGGGCGACGGCUACGGCAUCUCGAAGGCGGCGCUGACGGCGCUGACCCUCGUCCAGGCCGCGGCGCACCCGACGCUCGUCGUCGUCUCGCUGAGCCCGGGCUUCAUCAUGACGCCCAUGACCGUGGGCUACGGCGCCAAGCUCUCGCCCGAGGAGGGCUGCAAGUCCUCGAUCAAGUGCCUCUUCGGCGACGUCGUCUCGGGCCUCUACUACGGCAGCGACGGCCUCCGCUCGCCCAUGACCGUGAGCCGCGACCCGGGCACGCCGGAGUACGCGGGCGAGGACGACCCGGACCCGGCCAAGUACAACAAGUAAGCGUCACUUCGUG